AUGGGCAGGAAAACAGCAAGUGAGAUUGAUUCCUGUUAUCAAAAGUGCUGUGUAUGUCUCAAUAAAACAUCCAGAAACUAUACGCAAGUUACUCAGCUUUACAGAAAGAAGCAAAAAAAGAAUAAUUAUCAAGACGAAGAAUCUCUGACAAUUUUUGAUAUCCUGGAAAAUCUACGAUUACUAGUUUAUGAGAUAGAAGACAUAGAAGAAACAGCAAUUUGCCAUCAUUGUAAGAAAAUUAUUCUGGAUUUCUACGAUUUUAAAGUGAUGACUGGAAGUAAGCAAGCAAGAAAUGAACUUCCAGUUAAGGAUGUUGAUUCUAGUGCACCGAUAGACUCAAUUAAAAAGUAUUUAAGAGAAAAACAUUAUAAUAAACUUAAGACUUAUGUCGUUAACAAUGUCAUCGAGUCAAUAGAUAAAGAUGAUUCCAAUGUAUUAGUAAUUAAGCCUGCGAUGAAGAUUAAAACAGAAUUAGAUGAAGUUUUGUUGCCAAACAUGCAUUUCGUCGAUACAGAUGUGAUUGUUAAAAUAGAAAAAAAUGAAGAGCCAGAAAUGACGUUUUGUGAUGAUGAAAACGAUCGAAUGAGUGAUGUAUCAGAAUUAAAAGAAAGUAGUUCUUUUAAAAAACACGAUGACUGUAGUGACGAUGACAAUGAAAAUGAAACAACACAUGAAGACAUUUUUGGAACGGAAGAAAAUGAUGAAAAUGAUGAAGGUAUAACUAAGACAGUUAUUGACAACGUCACAUUUAUUAGCCGAAUUCCGGAGUGUCUAGUGAAUCUCGAACAAAAGCGGAAAGAAGCAGCAGAAGCUGAAAAGACCAGAUUUAAAGAUCCUGAAAACUGGGUAAGAAUUAAACACCGAGAGUCAAGAGUUCGAGGAGAAUCUUAUGUAAAUAGAAAAGGAAAGCUUAUUAAAGCAAAGAGAAUUAAAGCGGCAUGCAAUUGUCGUUUCCAAUGUACAGACAGAAUUACUGAAGAGGAUCGGAAAAGGAAUUUCGAAAAUCAUUGGGGACUAGCUGAUUUUGCACUUCAAAAGAAAUUCCUUUUUGAGCAUCGAAAGACUGAACCAGUAGCAAGACGACGAGCACGAUAUGAAAGUGCUCGUCCAAGAGAAUAUUCCACUAAAUACUACCUUGAUACAUACAAUAAAGACGGCACGCACAAGUCAUUAGAAAAGGUGUGUGAAGUAAUGUUUUGUAACACAUUCGAUAUAUGUAAAAAUAAUCUUCGAACGCUGUACAAAAAGGUCAUAUCAGGAAAAGUGCAAGACAUGAGAGGAACGAAUCGUAGAAAGCAAACUGCAGGCCAUUUAAAAGCCAUCGAUUUCGUUAAACAAUUUCCAUUCUUUCACAUUGAGCAGCAAAUGACUGUAAGACAAAUUUAUAAAAAUUAUGUGCAAGAGUGCAACGAGCAAAGCAUUGAUGGAAUUGUGAAAGAAAAUACAUUUAGGACAAUUUUCUCCAUGUACAAUGAAAGUGAAUUUUUGAAGCCAAACAGGCCACGACCGAAGUGUGACAUUUGUCAGGGUUAUGAGAAAGCUAGUGAUGCUGAAAAGGUGCAUUUACAGAUGGAGUAUGAUUAUCAUAUAAGGAACACAGAAAUAUGUCGAAAUCGUCGUCGAUGGAAGAAGAGCAGUAAAGCUAAAGCUGAACGCAGGCGAAUAGCAAAGGAACAGAAGCUUCUCCAGAAAGAGGUUACUGAAAAUCAACCACAGCAAGUCGAACCAAUCGAACAAGAGGUAUUAGAAAAUUAUGAAGUUGAAAUGGUGUAUUAUUAA